CUCCGCCCUCCGGUUGGUAACAUCCGCGCUGCCUUUUAUCAGCAGCCACUUGUACAACAACAAUGAAUGUAUUUGGCGAUUUCAGUGAAAAAUACGCCAAUAUCGCAGUAGUUCUUCUAAAACUCUGUUGCCUUUAAGUGGAAAUUUAUGCCGCGAAGCGGGAUUUGACACACUGUCGCUGGUCUUUUAGCAAGGAGAGGAAUCCCUUUAGGAGUGAGCUGUGGGUGUGUGUAAUGGCAGGUGGAAGGCGAGGGGCAAACCGCACCACUUACUGCAGACCCCCACUUGGCAGUGAAUCAGGCUCAGUAAGCAAUGGCAACCACUCCACCAGCUCUCCGGUCACCGGGGUGCGAUCUCGCACGAGGAGUGGUACAGGAGCCUGCAUGUCCAGCCCUCCGCUGGCUGCGCAGACAGUGAUUCCCUUGAAGCACUGCAAGAUCCCCGAGUUGCCUGUGGAUCACAGCGUGCUUUUUGAGCUCCACCUUUUCUUCUGCCACCUCAUUGCCCUCUUUGUCCACUAUGUCAACAUCUACAAGACUGUGUGGUGGUACCCGCCAUCACAUCCUCCCUCACACACGUCACUGAACUUCCACCUGAUUGAUUAUAACAUGCUCGUGUUCAUAGUCAUCAUUUUGGCCCGGAGGUUAAUCGGAGCAGUUGUCAAAGAGGCAUCACAGAGUGGCAAGCUCUCAUUUCCUCAUUCCAUCUUCUUAGUGAUGGCCCGGUUUGCUGUGCUAACGCUGACAGGCUGGAGUCUGUGCCGCUCCCUCAUUUAUCUCUUCAGAACGUACUCUGUGCUAAGCCUGCUCUUUCUCUGCUACCCAUUUGGGAUGUAUAUUCCAUUCUUUCGGUUGAGCUGCGACUUCCGGCGUGCUGGUCCCCUCUCCCCCAUCGCCAGCAUUGGCUCCAAAGAGAUGGGCAGCGUGGGCCGGGGGCGGGACUACCUGUCGGUGCUCAAGGAAACCUGGAAGCAGCACACCAGCCAGCUGUACGGCGUCCAAGUCAUGCCAACUCACGCCUGCUGCCUUUCCCCAGACUUGAUCCGCAAAGAGGUGGAGUUCCUCAAGAUGGACUUUAACUGGAGAAUGAAGGAGGUGCUGGUCAGCUCCAUGCUGAGUGCUUACUAUGUGGCCUUUGUACCCGUCUGGUUUGUUAAGAGCACACAGUAUGUAGACAAACGGUGGUCUUGCGAGCUCUUCAUCCUGGUGUCAGUCAGCACGUCAGUCAUCCUCAUGAGACACUUAUUGCCACCUCGCUACUGCGACCUGCUCCACAAAGCUGCAGCGCACCUCGGCUGCUGGCAGAAAGUAGACCCGUCCCUCUGCUCCAACGUCCUCCAGCACUUUUGGACGGAAGAAUACGUGUGGCCACAGGGAGUCCUGGCCAAACAUAAUAAGAACGUCUACAAAGCGACGGGCCACUACAACGUGGCAGUACCAUCAGAUGUGUCCCACUUUCGCUUCUAUUUCUUUUUCAACAAGCCACUGCGAAUAUUGAACAUCCUCAUCAUCUUGGAAGGUACCAUGAUUUUUUACCAGCUCUACUCGUUGAUAUGCUCAGAUAAGUGGCAUCAGACUAUAUCGCUGGCACUGAUCCUCUUCAGUAACUAUUAUGCCUUCUUCAAGCUUCUGAGAGACCGAAUUGUCUUAGGCAAAGCAUACUCCUACUCAAACAGCCCAUCAGACCAGAAAGUCACUUAGGUAUAAGUUAUUAUUGUGGGACGCGUUCAAGAAGAAGAUGCUCAAGAGCUCUGUAUUUUUUCUACAAAAUUGCAUUUUGUGUCUUGCUUUUGUUCCAAUCUGUCAUAAUAAAAAAAAGGAGAUAUUUUUGUAGUACUUAAAA